AAAAAAAACUCCGACAAACCAACCUCCAACGGAUCGGCGAUUCACUCCGAAAUCUAGCCGUCCAUCUCUCUCUCUCUCUAUUUCGUUCGUGUCCAUUUCUCUCUGUUCAAACUUUUCUCCUUCUCUCUCUCUCUCAUCAACAAAAUCGCAGAAUUCGAGAAACCCAAAUGAAAGAGACCUGAUACGACAAAGAAUUUCAUUUAAUUUAGGGUUUCCAAAUCGUUCUUCAUUCUAUUCCCCUCCAAGAAAGCUUUCCCCGCUUUUGUAUUCCCCUGUGGCUUUUGUUUUCAGGUUAUAAGUUUGAUUUUUUUUUAUUCGAAGAAGUGGGGGAAGUUUUCUGUAAUCUGGGUCAGUUUUUUUUGGCUUCUGGGUAUCUUUAAUUUCACGUUUUCGAACAGAUUUUGUAUGAGGGGAAUGAAAUUUUCGCGGGAAAAUACGAACGGGUUUUGAUUCUCAGCUCUUUUAACGCCUUCUCCAGGUCAUUUUAGGUUCUUCUAAGGUAGUUUUCUUCCCUUUGUUUCUGAUAUUGGAGAAAGAGAGCUGCUCUUUUGGAGGGGAGAGAAUUAUAUUCCAGAAGUUCACAUUAAUCUUUAGUGGUAGAAUCAAAUUGUGUUGGAAUUUCUAUUCUAAUUGAUUAGAGUUUGAAUGCACGUUGGUUUAUGGAUUCGGAGGCACAUCCAUCUUCUUUGGAUUUGGUGAAAUGCUGUAAUUGCCCGUGCAGUUGUUCGCUGUCUACUACUGGGCCAUCGACUACUUGGAUUCGAUCUGUAAAACGGAAGCAUGAUGAGUUGGAUUCGAACAGCCCAUUUGCUAUUGUUGGGUUGGAUAGCUUUUCUGUUAUACGGGUACAAGCUGAGAAUGAAUGCAACGCAUUGCGGGAAAUGGUUAGCAAUCAAACACAAGCAAUCCAGGACUUGUAUGUUGAACUUGAAGAGGAGAGAAAUGCUUCUUCAUCGGCUGCUAACGAGGCAAUGUCUAUGAUAUUGAGGUUGCAAAGGGAGAAGGCAGAGAUCCAGAUGGAGGCUCGACAAUUCAAACGCUUUGCAGAAGAGAAGAUGGCACAUGAUCAACAGGAGCUUGCAGCAUUUGAGGACUUGUUAUAUAAAAGAGAGCAAGCUAUUCAGUCUCUCACUUGCGAGGUACAAGCAUAUAAACAUAGGAUGUUGAGCUACGGGCUAACGGAAGCUGAAGCUGAUGGUGAGAGGGGUCAGCAAAGUUGUAGCCAGAAUAUGGUGGAAUAUGAGGCCCAGUGUGAAUCUCCCAUAUAUGAUUACCCUCCUCUAAAAUGUAACUUAAAUGAGGUUCAAGGUCCUUUGGACCAUGAUAAUGAUAUUGCUGAUAUUGAGAAAUAUGCCUUUGGUGAAACCCCACGCAAUCGAGAUCAUGUAAUGAACUUGGGAAAUAGAAUCAGCCAAUUGGAGAGAAGUUCUAGCUACAAUCAGCUGGACACGGACUACUUGGGUACAAAGAACGUUUUAGAGAAGGUGAUUGUGGGGCAAUCUCCUAGGAGGCCAAGACAUUCCAGUAAGUUUUCCAACGAUUCAAGUUUCUUCACGGGUAUGCCCCAGGUGAACGAAUCUCCAAGAUACGCAUCUAGCUUCAAGAAGGAAUAUGUUUCUCAGUCUGAGGACUAUUCUAAUUUGAGAAAAAUGGAUAAUGUAUCAGAAGUUGGAGAUGACAUGAGUGAUAGAGUUUAUACCAUCGACUCUAUUCACAAUGGAGCAACAUAUAAUGGUUUUCACGAGUCCAAACCAACGGUUGGUGUUUAUGAAGACUAUCUAACAACUCCCAGAGGGUCAUUGAAUCAAGUUGAUUUGGGAGAUCCUGAAGUCAAGAAACUUUAUUUGAGGCUUCAGGCACUUGAAGCUGACAGAGAAUCAAUGAGGCAAGCAAUUAUUUCAAUGCGAACCGAUAAGGCCCAGCUGGUAUUACUGAAAGAAAUAGCUCAGCAUCUAUACAAGGGGAUGUCACCCGAAAGACAAGUAGUCGUGAAGAAGCCAUCCGUUGUUGGAAGCUUUUCUUUCAUGGCAGUUUUUAAGUGGAUCGUAUCCUUUGUUUUCUGGAAAAGAAAAGCCCGUCGAAGCAAGUACUUGUUUGGGUUGUCAAGUGGUGUUGGAUUGCUAAUGCUUCUUGAAAAGGGUCAACACACGCGGCAGUGGAGAUGUCUUUCUAGUACACAACUUUAAAAUCGCUCACCUGAUGUUCAUAUUCCAAUCGACCCGACGUCCCAAUAUGUGUAUGUCAAGUGAAUAUAAUUUCUCUUUUGGCUUUUUCUUUUUGGAUUCAUUGUAGUAGCAGAAAAGGGUAGCGUGCAAGUGUUUCGUUUAUUUCAUUGUUUGGGAUUGAUUGAUUGUACGUUGCUGGUUGAUCUGUAAAGCUCAGAUAUGAUAUAUAGGAAUGCUUUGCUCAUAUUGUUACGACGAAUUCUGCUCGAGGAAUCUAUCGUCUGAUAGAUAGCCCUCACCUGUAUAUUUCAGAUUGAAGGAUUUAGCCUUGAAUGCGAUUGCUGCCUUCAUUUCGACCA